AUGACCGCCAUCGGGGCGCAGGCGCAGAGGCUGCUGGCGCACCGGAGACCACAGAAAUCCUUCUUUGAGACGCUCAUCAGGAGCCUGAUCAUCUUGUGCGUGGCAAUAGCGGUGGUCUUGUCGUCCAUCUCCGUCUGCGAUGGCCGCUGGCUCUUCGCGAGGGGGCAGCUCUUCGGACUGUGGCACUUCUGCACCGUUAGCAAUGGCAGCGUCCUGAAGUGCGUCACUGACCUCAGCCUGGCCAACGUGGAGGGCCUGAGCGUGGGGGUGAUUCCCAUAAGAAGCAUGGUGUCCUUUGCCGUUGUGGUUGCCAUAUUUGGCCUGGAGCUCUUGAUGGUGUCCCAAGUCUGUGAGGAUGCCAACGCGAGGCGGAAGUGGUCGAUGGGCUCGGUUCUCAUCCUGGGCUCGUUUUUGCUGUCGGCCACCGGGGUUCUGAGCUUCUCCAUCCUCGUGAAGGAUCACCUUACCUUCACAGGCUUCACGCUGACAUACUGGUGCGAGUUCGUUGCUGCCUUUCUCUUCUUCCUUAACGGGAUCAGUGGACUUCACAUCAACAGCCUCACGCACCCCAGGAACAGGGUAGGCAAAAUCUAGGUGCAAAGGGCGUACCUCGGCCUUUGUGUAAUCAGCUUUGCCAAUUAGACUGGAAAAAAGGGAGUCUAAUGAAGUUUGAAAAGGACACCGUGUCUCAAAUUGUGUGCAAGGAGGGGAAGCAUGAGUCAGUCUUGAUGCCUGUGGAAGACAUACCCACCCACCGGUCAGCGUGGAGGGCUGCGCAACACGAGCAAAGCAGAGACUGGGACUGGCUGCCGCUGAAAUGUGGUUUUCUGGAGGAGUGGAUUAAAGUAGAGGGCAUCCCGUUAAACAUGCGGAGGGGUGGCAGACUGUGAUCUACACACACAGACUCAUUUUUGAGGCUUACACAAAGCCUGUACAGCUGCGGGUUUGGUGUUGCUAUGCUUUCCCUUGUACUCUGGAGCCUGUGAAGACUGUGACACAACUUCAGUGUGUCUCAUGGCUUUGCUCUGUCUCAAGGACGGAUGAUGUGUGCCUGGCCAUGCUCACUGGCAUGGAGUAUUGAAAAUCUUCGCUGGAUCUCACUCCUCCAUUUCUCUUUCAAAAGAGAAGGCACACAGAUCUUGAUGUGGUCACCCAUUUUGUUUCCUGCUGGCAUGUCCCUGUAUCUGUCCUUUAUGAGUUUUUCUGGGACACCUCUGACAGAGGUGCAGGGAGAUGGUAGCUGUCUCGGGGCCAAGGGCAGAUGUUGGGUGCUGCAGGUGUAUGGGGAAAGGUUGUGAUGCCUUCCUCAGGCAGCAGUGCAUGUUCCUGUGCUCGCAGCCUCUUCCCACUGUCACCGCUCCUCUGCUGCCCGUGUGGGACACGUGCCAAUCAGUAACCCAAACUGGCUCCCUCACAGUCCUUGCAAAGUUCUCUGUAAUGGGGCAUUGCUCUUCCUGCUUUCUUUUUUGUCCCUUUGGGGCAAGAGGGACAAGCUCUGCAGGGGCUUUAGGUGGGCAGUCUGGCUGGGCAGACUGUGCUGAGACCACUGUACCUUCUGGGGUGUGUUUUGCUUGUCAGGGAUUCCUGCUGCGUCAAUGGGAAAUCUCAUCCUGUAGCAUUUCUUCUGGGAGGAGAAAGCUGUAGAUCCUCCUGACCAGACCAAGUCCUUUUCAUCCCCUGAUUAACAGUGGGCUGGGGGGAGGAGAAGCCCAAGAUUGCCGAAGAAGAGGCUGAUGGGGGCAAGUCUAAUCUGUCACAGCUGAUGGAAAUCCAAAGAGACUUGGCCAAAGUUAUAUUAUAAGGCUGGUCUUCCUCCUGCCAAUGCCUGAGUCAAGAUUUCUGUGGUUGCUGCAGCUUUGAUGUUCCCUAUGCUGUCUGAUGUAAAAGGAGAGAAGACCUCAACAGGAGACCUCAAAGGCUGGUUGCCCAACAUGUGUCCUCCCUGUCCAACAUACAGCACUCCAUUGCCCACAGACAAAAAUGUCUUCAGAGUACUUCAGUGUCUCUCUUUUAGUGUUUGUUUAGUGUUUGUAUCAGCUGGUAAAACUGCUUGUAUUUUUGGUUUAGGACAAAUGUUUCUACAUGUUUCAUCUCUAGCUGGUCUGAUAGCUGUUGAGCAAGGUUUUCAUUUCCUGUGCAGCAAGUUUGACACAAUUUUUUACCUGAAACAAAAGCAUCGUAGCACAAAGCUGAGAAGUCUGUGUAGGGGUAGCCAUGAGUAAACAGCUUUGUGUUUGAAAGCCAGGAGUCAUAAGUCCUGCCUGAGCAUACAUCCAUGCUUGCUGAAUGUGUUCCUGUGGACUUGCUUGCCUUCAUGAGGACAGUCUCCAUUCCUUCUCAGAUUUCCGUAACUUUUUAAGGUGAUGCUCCUGAGCGUGUUUUGCGAUGCAGUUUCAGCCCAGGCUUCCUCUGGAGAGUGCCAGUUGUGCUUUUGCACGUGAGUCUGCCUGUCUUUCUGGUGAGAUAAUGCAUGGAGCUGUGCCACCCAGCCAACUCCUGAAGCACUUGCCAUGUUUGGGGCUCUGUCAGGGCUUAUUGACCGCCUCUCAAGGACAAGGACUGGUGCCCUUAACCUGCCUCUGGAAAACUGCACUGUGAUUGCGUCUCUUUUAGUGAAGGUGCUUUUGAUUUGCUGAAUUGCACUGUCGAAGGUGUGCUAGUGGGCUGAAUUGCAGAUGCUUGUGUGAACAGUGCUGUUGGCUUUAGCAGAGCUACUUACCCCAGAGAGAGUCUGCAAGGUCUGGUCCCAAACUGUUGCGCUUUGGUGUUAACAGGUGGUAGAGUGCCUUAACUAACUGAUAAAUCCAUUGUGGCUCCUAGGGGUGCCCAUGCCAGACAGGACAGUUGCUCUGCACAAGGUCAAGGGUGUCUCUGGCUUGUGUAGAAACAUGGAUUUAACUUCAGAGUGCCUUCUUGAUGACAUCAAAAACUGGAGAUCAAUUCUGCAUGUACUGCUGUGCCCCCAGUCCCUUCCCUGGGGGAAGGCAGCCGUACCAAGACUGAGUCCCAGGCUGGUGCCUCCCACUCGGGUUAGAGGGAGGCAGUGGACAAUUGGCCAUUGAGUUCACCCAAGACUUGGUGCAAUUGUGAAUGAUUUUAGGAUGCCCUCUGCUAGCUGAAGAAGAGGCCUUUUGUUGGGGGUAGGGAAUCCUCUAGGGAAAAUAACAGUAACUUUUUUCCAACUGGCUUUGUGUAGUACUGCUUGACUUACUAAUGCUGGGAGACGAUGCGUUUUGAUGGCUAAAUACUACAGAAAAAGGUUGAUUGUCUUGGAGACAUCCUUAUAUAGAGCAACCUGUGCAGCAAUGGCUGACUUCAUUUUCUAAAGCCUGUGGAAGUGUCAAGCAAUAUUCCUGAAGUUUGUUAAAUAAA